UUUUUUUUUUUUUUUUUUGUCGAUAGUUACGAUUUAUUUGGAUUCAAAAUUUUGCUACCAUUUUUUUCAUGAAGAAGUUUCUCUGUGUUUAGCUGCUAGCUGUGUUGGUGGUUUCAGUCAGUAAAAAAUUCCAAUAUGAGCUUCCAAGAACGUGUUGUGAAUUUUUUUCCUGGACCAAGUGCAUUGCCCAUAGAGGUUUUACAGCAAGCAUCAAAUGAGAUGUUAAAUUAUAAUGGAAUGGGGUAUGGAGUUAUGGAAAUGAGCCACCGCUCCUCCCAAUUCAUCUCAAUUUGCAACCAAGCAGAGGCUGACACAAGAGAACUUCUGAAUAUUCCUGAAAAUUAUAAGAUUCUAUUCCUGCAAGGUGGUUGCACUGGAAUGUUUGCUGCUGUUGCAAUGAAUUUUUUAACAGAAAAUGGCAUUGCAGAUUAUUUAGUUACUGGAACAUGGUCUGAAAAGGCUGCUUCUGAGGCUAGUAAAUACGGAAGAGUUAAUUUGGUUGUCCCAAAAGUUGCUAAAUAUACUGGAAUACCACCAACUGAAACCUGGCAACUUUCUAAAGAUGCUGAUUAUUUCUAUUAUUGUUCCAAUGAGACUAUUGGAGGCAUUGAAUUUGAUUUUAUUCCUGAAACAAAUGGCAAGCCCUUAGUUUGCGAUAUGUCAUCAAAUAUAAUGACUCGCAAGUUAGAUAUCUCUAAAUUUGCUUGCAUAAUUGCUGGUGCUCAAAAACUUCUUGGUCCUGCUGGUGUUGUUUUGGUAAUUGUUCGAGAAGAUCUCAUUGGUAAACAACUCAAAAUAUGUCCUUCUAUAUGGAAUUUCAAAGAGCAAGUUGAGUUAGGAUCUUCAUUAAAUACACCACCAUGUUACAGCAUAUAUAUUACUGGACUGGUUUUAAAAUGGAUGAAAAAAUUAGGCGGUUUGGAAUACUUUGAGAAACAAACCCAUGAAAAAUCUCAACUACUGUAUAACACAAUAGCAGAUUCAAAAGGAUUCUACACAGCUCUUGUUGAGGUAAAAUCACAAUCUCGUCUUAACAUUUCGUUUCGAGUUGGUGGACCAAAUGGAGAUGAGUCUGUUGAAAAAUCAUUUGUCCAACUAGCUAAAGAGCGUGGCUUAGACGGCCUAAGUGGGCACAGAUCUGUCGGCGGUUGUCGAGCUUCAAUUUAUAAUACAAUUUCUUUGGCUGACGUUGAAAGACUUAGCAUUUUUAUGAAAGAGUUUCAACAUUGUUAUCAAAAUUAAUAUAUUAUACUGUACUAAUAAGAUAUUUAUUCCAUUA